UGUACUCUCAAAACUCACAUAUCCUUCUCUGCGCCUUUCUUUUCGACUCAACUGCCAUUUCUCUACCUCGCUCUCGACAACAAGGACAAUCUUGCAAGCUAUAGUUCAUCCGAUUGAAGAAUUUCUUGAAAGGGUUUUUUUGCUCUGGAGAAUCAUCCAAAAUGGCGUCUAAGGUCACUUCGAGAGACAUUCAGGAGAUUGUCUCCAAGCUGUCCUCCGAUAAACCCAAACCCCGAGAAGAAGGGAUUAAAUUGCUGAAUACAUGGCUGGAAGGUGAGAGGUUAAUAGGAUUUUGUAAAUACAUUGCAGACAAGACUGCUAUGCUUAAACCCAAAGAACUUCCUCACUCUGAAACAUGGCCUUUUCUUAUUGAAUUGCUAAUGAAAUGUGUAUUGCUGGAGAUAUCCAGUAGCAAGAAACGGCCACCGAAGUUGACUUUUGCAAAAACACUUCGUAUUGUUGUGCAAAGGGCAGAGGACCCUCGAUUUUCAGGCAAGGCUCUGCUUCUUCUCCCUGUUGUAAAGUUGCUCUUCAAACAUGUCUGUGAUGUUCUAAUGGAUGUUCCUAGUUUCCAAUCCGAGUAUAGCACUAUUCUGCGGGAUCUUUUAUCAGUAAGACAUUAUGGACUUCACAUGAGGAAACGGGCUUACUGUAGUCUUGUGCUAUUCUACAUGGAAAAAGUGCAAACAAGCCUGAGUGCGAAACUUGAUGGUCAAUUGAAUCCCAAAGAUGAGAUUUUUCGCUGCAUUCUGACCCUUCAUUCUCUUCUUGAAAAUCCCCCUGGAGAUUUUCCUGAUGAUCUUAGGGAGCACAUAAUAGUGGGUUUUACUGUGUUUUUUACUCAUAUAAGGGACGAGGGAAAGGUUUCGCGCAAGCUAAUAGAGUGCAUUAACUCAUAUUUAUUAAUAGAUGGGCCGAAUUUGGGCUGUAAAUACCUAGAAAUCCAUAAAGCAGUGCAGCAGUUUGUGUUCCGCUGUUGGACAACAACCCAUGAUCGAAGCUUAAAGGAUUCAAUUGUUUUCUAUGCGAGGCUACAAUUAAAUUUGACUAGAGGUGCUACUGAUGGGGGUGCUUUGCUAGAACAAGUUCUGGACGUUGUGGGCAAGGAAUUAGACCAAAUGAAUAGUUUGUGCAACAAUUUCCCCCGGAAAGACAAUAUCAGGGAUGAAAAAUACCAAUCCUUGACAAGCUCACAGUGCAGUAUCAUGGAACUUGCUGCCCUCGUCUUUUGUCGGGCUUGUGUAAAUACAUCAAAGGCACAAUUAGCUGAAAAACGAGCCAGAAGAGAACAUGCUGUUGUCCAGAUAAAAGAGGGGCUUAUGAGUGGGAAGUGGUCUUGGCAUGCGGCUUUUUGUUAUCUCAUACAUAAUUACUAUACCCGCAUCAAGAGGGAUGUUUACAUCUAUUGGCUUGAGAAUAUAUGUGCAAAUUUUGAGAGGAUAGUGAAUGAUGCCAAUACCAAGCAUAUGUAUGAUGGUUUGCUAUGGACAUUGCGGAGUCUUCAAGGACUUUCUUGCUUGCUGUUAUUCCCUGUUUCAGGCGCAGAUAUGUUAUCACAGCCACCUAAAGCAAACAAGUGUGACAAAAGUUGGCACAUGGUAUGGAGCUGUCUAAUACAUGGCUUGCCUACAUUCAGUACUGUCCCUGCAGUUGUGGAUGCUGCAUUGCUGCUCCUUGGUAACAUAAUUCUCAGUGAUACAAUAAAUGCAUUUAUAGUACCCCAAGAUUUAUGGGAUCUUCGGUUCUUUAAACGGUUGCCAUCAACAUCUGUUUUAUACUUCAUUUCAUGCUAUUUUUCGCGGAGAGGAUCUCAAAGUGACCUUAAAGAUGUUUUGUAUCUCCGACAGAGUCUUCUAAGGGCUGUUUUGGCGUUGCCUUUCUCUAAGGAAUCCUUUGUGCUGAAUGAACAAUUGGUUGCCAUGUUGCCAGCAGCUGUAUAUGCACUUUGUGUAGGUUAUUCUCCUUUGCCCAGAAAAGGUUGUCUUUCUCCGUUACACUAUGUCCCUGAGGCUCCGAAUGAUACAGCAAAGGUUCAGGAAUAUGAGGAUGGAAGUCCACAUGAAUUUUUUGAGUGCUCUGUUGAAGUCCUUGCAAAGAUUGGUGAGGAAUCUGGAUACAAGGACAUUCAAUCCCCAUGCCACCAAAGUAUACGCCUUCCACGACAAGUUAGAGAUCCACUUUGUCAUGAAAUGCAAAAUUACAUCUUGGAAGCAAUGAAUGAUAACGAGUUUGAAGGGAUGCUUCUGUCAGAUGUCAUAUUUAUUUGUGCCCUUUUAUCUAAUUUCAUGUACAACUCAUAUAUUACAGGGAUAACAGAAAAUGUGACUUUCCUCUCCAAUCUAGGCGAAUACCUGUUGAAAUUUUUGGAUCAUGCUAUCUCUAUUAUGGAGAAGACUUGUGAUGACAUUAUUUGUUGUAAUUUGGGAUCAAUUACCAUUUUUAAUAGCAUGGAGACUAUUAUGGUUUCUUUUAGUAGUUUUUUUCACUCUCCACUGUUUGGUGAACUGCACAAUAGAAAUGGCAUUGAUGAUGUACAAACUUCCAUCAUUCAAUCUAUUGAGAGACUUCUGAAGACUCUGGCUAAACUUUAUGAAGGAUGUACUAAUAGUGGAGGGAACCUUUUUCCUCAGCCAGACCAUCCUGGCAUUACUGCCUCUGGUUCUGUACAAGAUUCUCACUCAUUGAUUAGUAGGAAAAGUGUAAUAAUUGACGUGGAAUUGGAUAUGGAUACCAGUUCUAAGGAUGCAGAUAUUGUAACUUUUGAUGGGAAAGCUUCAUCUGGAAUAGCUGUUUCACCAGUACAUCAAAGGAUGGAAAUCAUAUCACUUCUUUCAAAAUUUUUCGUGAUUUUGCCUGUUGCUACAUGGGACAUCUUAUUUGAUCUAUUGCAGAAAGAAAGUGAUCCAAGGGUGCGGGAGAAGAUUAUACAGAGUCUUUGUCAACAUGCUCACUGGUCUUCAUCAAGGAAGUUUUUAGAAUUGGUUGCAUCAAUGAGUGUUGUUGUAGACAUGCAGGCAGAUGUCAAACUCCCAAGCCUGAGUAUACUAGCUUCCAUCUGCACUUUGCUGCAAAGUCUGUUGUCUUUGGACACAGUGGCAAAGGAUAACAGUGAUGCUUCAUGUUUAAGGGAGAAGGUAGCAGAACAGGGCAUGAUCUCUCUUCGGGAAUUAGUUAGCAAAAUGACAGAAAAUGAUUCCUUCCACUGGCGUGGCCGCACUAAGCAAAUUGACUGCAUUUGUAAUUUCAUAUUGUUAGAUCCUCAAGUUGGUCAGUCCUUGAUUGAAAAGCUGCUGCUAAUGCUUCGUGAUAAUGAUUAUCGAGUUAGGUUCUUCCUUGCCCAACGGAUUGGUGUCCUUUUCCAAACAUGGGAUGGCCAUUUUGAACUUUUCCGGGACAUAUGUUCAAAUUUUGGCGUGAAACUUGUGAGUUGUUCAAGAGAGAGACUAGUGACUGCAAAUGACGUUUUAGCUGCAGGACCUCAGCCUCAUCAAAUCCUGGAAACAACAAUUAUAACUCUGAUGCAUCUUGUGCUGCAAAGUGAGAAAAUAGAGCUGGAGGCUGUUUUUGUGAUAUGUGUAAUUGCUGCUAUCGAUCCUUCUCAAAGGGAACUUAUCAGUUCUGUGCUUGAUAAUUUGUCAAAGCAACUGUACUAUACUUCCAGGGCAAAGUAUCUGGAGGAACUUGUUGGGCCAAUCCUCUUCUGCUGGGUUUAUUGUGGUGUAAGUUUAGCAGCACUUGUUGAGGUGAGGGAUCUCUUUGUUUUGGAUGCAGAGCCCACUACUUUCAUUCAUUAUUGCUGCCAUUGGCUUCUUCCAGCUUUGAUCUUACAUGGGGAUGUCUCCAACUUGAAUUGGAUUGUCAAGAUAGUUCGUCUGCCUCCUCCUGCCAUAGUUAGGAAUCAUUUUGUCCAAAUCUUCUCUGUUUGCAUGGCAUUACACUGCAGUAAAAACCCUGAGAGGGAGAAGGGAUCAACUGUACUUGAGAGUUCAAUACUAAAAAUUGCUGAAAUGUCUGAGAAUGAAAGAGAUAAACUCAUAAAGAAACAAAUGGUUUCUAUUGUCAGCAACAUUUUGUCUCUUGCUUCUUGUGCUUCAGAUCCUGUGCUUCCUUUCUUUUCCAGAGAUACAAUUGCUCGAGCUAUAGUAACUGUUGUUGAUGGAUUCUUGGAGAUGAACGAUUCUUCUAGAAGUUUUGGUGUCAUUGACAAGAUAAACAUUUUCCGACCUGAUCGAGUGUUCAUGUUAAUAGUUGAGCUGCACUACAAAAUUGCCACAGCAGCUCAUUGCCGGCAUAAGUGUAACUGGCUUGCUGGGAUUGAGGUGCUCAUUGAUGUCUUGGAGAAUAGAGCUGCAGUUUCAAGUACUCUGAGUUACCUUCUCAACUUGGUUGGCCUUUGCAUUGGCAUUGAUACUUUAUUGGAUCAAUGCUGUAGUAUAAUAUCAUCACUGCUCAAAAUUUUUAAAAUCAAUCAAUCAGAGGGGACCACUGGAGCGCUAGGUGAACAACUUCAGUUCUUGGUCUCUAAGUUGGUAAAGUGUUGCAUUCCAUCUGAUUGUAAUCAUAAACACACUGUUGAAGCAUCAUCCAAAGUUCUUCCACUGCUUCAUCAGCUUACCUUGGAUGCUCAUCCAUCUCUUUAUGAGUAUAUCAAAGAGCUAGAACCAUUUCCCUGUUUGGAGAUAUUUGAAGGAAUGCGGAGGUUCCAUGAGAAAUUAUGCCAAGAUUACUCACCGCGGGAUCACUUGCUAAAGUUGGCAAAUAGAUCUCAUUGGCUUCCACCAAGGUUACUUCUAAUGAGCCUUAAAGCAUUGCAUUGGAAAUUGUUUGCGGGGGCCACUAAUCAAGGGCAGAACAACGAUGAGAAUAUAUUUGAAGAUGUCCAUUUGCAGCAUUCAGACAAUGAAAUUGUCUCUGCAGUUUGGGAUCUGUUUCACACUUGCAGUUCAGAUCAUACAAACAAUUUUGGUGCUUUCGUGUCUGAUUUUGUGUCUAGGGUUGGUAUUGGUGAUCCGCAUAGUGUUGUUUUCCAUCUUCCUGGAGAAUCUAGAUGCAUACAUAUCUAUGGAAAUAUUAAUGCUGAUGGUGCAGCAGAGCACAAGUUUCAUUUGGAUAGUGGAAUAUCUGAAGAGCUUGUAAUUGCACUUUUGAAACUUCUCAAGAAAUAUCUUAUGGAUGACUCUGUCAAGAUAAUUGAUAUAGCCUCUCAAGCUUUACGGGGAAUACUUUCAACAGAAAAAGGUUGGAGAUGUUUAUUAUCUUUCGGUUCCUAUCAAAGGUUGCUUAUGGAGGUUCACUCUAAAGGUAUUAAUCUGGAUGUGGUACAGAAACUUGUUGCAGAUCUAGAGAGAAAGUAUAAUGCUGAAGCUACUUCACUGGAGAGUUCUACUUUGUGGAGUACUGAUGAGAAAACUUUUGAGACAUGGAUAUGCCCACUUGUGCAUGCUCUAAUUGGAUAUUGCAAUGAUACUAUUAUAAGAUUAUGUCAAGAAAUUGUGUUGGUGAAAUCUGAAGUUGCAGAACUUCUAUUUCCUGAAGUGAUUACCAACCUAUCAAGGAGGACAGAUGUGGCUGUUGAUCUUGGCCAGCUAAUUUGUACAAAGGUGCAGGAAAAUAUUUUUACUGGGAGCAACAAGCUGACUAAAUCAAUUCAAGUUGUACUAGAAGCACUUAAUGUUCUUCGGUUGUGCCAUGUAACUCAACGGGCAAUUUCCUCUUCUACUUCACAUAAGCAGGAAAAUUUGAAGCAACACUCAAGGCCCUCAAGUUAUGGAUCAAGAUCCCGCUCUGCAAUAGUUAAGGUGAAGGAUCAGCCAACAACGUCAUCUGGAUCUGCAUUCUCCACAUUGCUUUGGGAUAAGGUGUAUUGGCUUCCCAUAGACUAUCUGGUUGUUGCCAAGUUUGCAAUUACUUCUGGUGCUUACUUUAGUGCACUUUUGUAUGUGGAAUACUGGUGCAAGGAAAGAUUUAGCAGCCUUACCUUGGGGAAUCCAGACUUCUCCCAUCUUGAAAUACUUCCAGAACACAUUGAGAUACUGGUCUCUGCAGUUACACAAAUAAAUGAGCCUGACAGCCUCUAUGGCAUCAUCCAAUGUAAUAAGUUAUCCUCUCAAAUUCUUACCUGUGAACAUGAAGGGAAUUGGAGCAAGGCCCUUGAGUACUAUGAUUUACAAAUUAGAUCUGAACCAGCAGAGCAGAUGGAGCAUCUUUCAGCUAAAAAUUCUCAAUCAGCAUUUCAUACAUAUUCUUCCAGAUCAGAUAAGUCAAUGCAAAAGCAACCCCUUAAAGGAUUGAUUCGAUCAUUGCAGCAAAUUGGUUGCACUCACCUGUUGGAUGUGUGUUGCCAGUGGUUGACUUCUCAGAAAGGCCGGUUUGAACAUGAUCCAGAAUUUACUGAGUUGCAGUACGAAGCUGCUUGGCGCUCAGGAAAUUGGGAUUUCUCACUACUCUAUGGUGGAUCUAAUACCUUCCCUUCAGUUCAUGACACCAAAGGUGAUCAUUUCAAUGAAAAUUUGCACAGCUGUUUGAGGGCAUUACAAGAAGGGGAUUUUGGUGAAUUUCACAUUAAACUGAGGAACUCAAAACAGGAGCUUCUGCUUUCUAUCUAUCGAGCAAGUGAGGAGAGCACCAAAUACAUUUAUCUAGCAAUAGUUAAAAUUCAGAUAAUUUAUCAUCUUGGGAUGGCGUGGGAUCUGCGUUGGCCUUCAUCAAGUAAAAAUCUUGAUUCUUUCUCAGAGAUGAAGACUUUGAUAUCUGAACCUCUAGUCCCAUCAAGCAGCCAGUUAUCAUGGCUAGUUAAGGAUUCAACUCACACUUUGAAACAAGCACAAUUGCACAUGGAUUUGCUGGAACCAUUUAUAGCAUUUAGAAGAGUUUUACUUCAGAUUCUGAAAUGUACAAACUGUACUGUACAACAUCUAUUGGAAUCUGCAUCUACACUUCGUAAGGGCUCUAGGUUUUCUCAGGCUACUUCGCUUUUGCAUGAAUUUAAGAGUUUUUGUGCUGAAAUGGGAGAAGAGAAUUCUAACCUUUACUGGCUUGGACGGCUUGAAGAGGCUAAGCUUCUGCGUGCUCAAGGUCAGCAUCAAGCAGCCAUCAACCUUGCAAAGUAUAUUGCACAGAAUUACCAGUUUAAUGUGGAUGCAUCUGAUGUCUUCCGCUUAAUAGGAAAGUGGCUAGCAGAAACCCGUUCAAGCAAUUCAAGGACUAUAUUAGAGAAAUACCUUAAACAUGCUGUUAAUCUUGCUGAGGAUUGCAUGACAAAAGAUAAGGAGUCCAUGGCAAAGAGGAGUCAAAUGCGUUUCCAUCUUGCUCAUUAUGCAGAUGCUCUAUUUCGCAGUUAUGAAGAUAGACUGAAUUCCAGUGAGUGGCAAGCAGCAAUGCGGCUAAGAAAACACAAGAAAAAGGAGCUAGAAGCACUGGCUAGGCGACUGAAAACUUCAUCAAAGGGAGAAAAGGUUGACUACUCAAUGAAGAUACAAGAAUUACAAAAGCAACUUGCAAUGGACAAAGAAGAGGCUGCAAAGUUGCAGGAAGACAGGGAUAACUUUCUAAACACAGCACUGGAUGAAUAUAAACGAUGUCUAGUCAUUGGAGAUAAAUAUGAUGUCAGAGUGGUAUUUCGUCUUGUUUCAUUGUGGUUUAAUUUAUCAACUAGAUCAAUUGUUGUUGAUAGCAUGCUUAGCACAACUAAUGAGGUUCAGUCUUAUAAGUUUGUACCAUUGGUUUACCAAAUCGCUUCAAGGAUGGGUAAUUCAAAAGAUGGUCAUGGGCCACAAAGCUUUCAGUUUGCGUUGGUUUCUCUGGUGAAGAAAUUGGCUAUUGACCAUCCAUAUCAUACAAUAUUCCAGCUGCUAGCUUUGGCAAAUGGUGACCGCAUUAAAGAUAAGCAACGCAGUAAAAAUUCCUUUGUGGUUGAUAUCGACAAAAAAGUUGCAGCGGAGAAUCUCUUGAAGGAGUUAUCUUCUUACCAUGGAGCAAUCCUUAGGCAGAUGAAGCAAAUGGUUGAAAUUUACAUUAAACUUGCUGAAUUGGAAACAAAGAGAGAGGAUACUAACAAAAAGGUCACUCUACCAAGAGAUAUCCGCAGUGUCCGAGAGCUUGAACUUGUUCCUGUCAUAACAGCCAAUGUUCCUAUAGACCCUAGUUGUCUGUACAGUGAGGGGUCCUUUCCUCACUUCAAAGGAUUGACAGAUUCAGUCACUAUAAUGAAUGGUAUAAAUGCUCCAAAAGUAGUUGAAUGCUUGGGCUCUGAUGGAAACAAGUACAGACAACUGGCAAAAUCUGGCAAUGAUGAUCUGAGACAGGAUGCUGUGAUGGAACAGUUCUUUGGUUUAGUUAAUACUUUCUUGCAGAACCAUCGAGACACCUGGAAAAGGAGACUGAGAAUUCGUACAUACAAGGUUGUUCCUUUCACUCCGAGUGCUGGUGUUCUUGAAUGGGUGAAUGGCACAGUUCCUCUUGGUGAAUACCUUAUAGGGAGCACAAGAGACGGAGGUGCCCAUGGACGCUAUGGAGUGGGAGACUGGACAUUUCUUAAAUGUCGACAGUACAUGCUUACGGAGCAUGACAAGCGCAAGGCUUUCCAAGAAGUUUGUGACAAUUAUAGGCCUGUCAUGCAUCACUUUUUCUUGGAGAGAUUUUUACAUCCAGCUGAUUGGUUUGAAAAGAGGUUGGCUUAUACGAGAAGUGUGGCAGCUAGUUCAAUGGUGGGUUACAUUGUUGGACUGGGAGAUCGACAUUUGAUGAACAUCCUCGUUGAUCAAACUACUGCAGAAGUCGUUCACAUAGAUCUUGGCGUUGCAUUUGAGCAAGGCCUUAUGCUUAAAACACCUGAGAGGGUACCCUUCAGGCUGACUAGGGACAUAAUAGACGGUAUGGGCAUAACUGGAGUGGAAGGGGUCUUCAGAAGAUGCUGUGAAGAAACACUUUCUGUAAUGCGGACAAAUAAAGAGGCACUGCUAACCAUUGUUGAGGUCUUCAUCCAUGAUCCUUUGUACAAGUGGGCUCUGUCCCCUCUAAAGGCCUUGCAACGCCAGAAGGAAAUUGAUGAAGAUUUGGAGACUAGUUUGGAGGGCUCACAAGAAGAUGAAUAUGAAGGGAACAAAGAUGCUGCAAGGGCCCUGAUGCGUGUUAAACAAAAAUUAGAUGGAUACGAGGAAGGUGAAUUAAGAAGUGUGCAUGGUCAGGUACAACAACUCAUACAAGAUGCAACCGAUCCAGAUCGUUUGUGUCACAUGUUUCCUGGAUGGGGAGCCUGGUUGUGAAUGAAGCUCCUACUCCAAUUCCCUUUUAUGUAUAUUUGUGAAUUAAUGUUCUUGUUCCUGAUCUUGAGUGUAUAGAAAUGCGAAAACCAAAAUGUUUAACAUUGAGAUAUCAUUCUCUUUGUUCAAAAUGGCAUGGUGAGUAUAUGUACAUACUUGGUUAAGUACAUUCACAAAUUGAAGGACUCUCUUGUACUUGAGAUUUUGGUACAUUUUCAUAAUUUUUGUUCACAGAACUCACCAUUGCCCUUAGAUUAUGUAAGGUAACGUGAAGCUUGGUUUGAAAUUGGAAUUAAAUACUUAGCAAUUAA